AUUGGGAUUUUGUCCGGUAAAUUAAGCGCCACCCGGCCGUACAUGGGAAAGCCGGAAAAAGGAGAGCGAGUUCGACGAUUUUGUCGAUGCUGAAGCUGAAGGAUUGAUAGCUGAGGAUAGAGAAGUGUUUUUUUGCCGGGAAAUUCCUGCGCGCCAUCAUGACGGACUCCAACCCUCCAUCUGGGAAUCCUUCUUCUUCUCAACUUAAAACUAUGAAUGAAAUCAGUAGCGGUGGCCCCAAGGCCGAAUCCACAGGCCAAAGAGUCCGGUUUCCGAACCCACCGGAGAUCCACAAUCCCGACCCUGCUACGCUUCGAGAUCAAUGGAGGUUUGCCAUUAGACAGUACAGUAAAUGGUACUCACACGCUUGGGGGACUGCUAUACUUGCUGGGAUCUCCUUCUUCGCUCUUGGUUGGGUUAUUAAGGGUUCCAAUCCUCUGCCCUCUCGCCAGGACGAUUCGAAUUCGCCUGCCUCCUCCGCUUCCAAUACUGCACGUGAAGCUCGUCCUUGACCUUUUGCCUUUGGAUUUAGGCAGAAAUGUGGAACGUGCCUGCCAUUUAUUCAGACACUAGAUGUUGUGAUGAGAAUUUCUUUUUGACCUUUUGGACCUUUGCUAUGUUCGGCCAAGUAACUUACCAAAUAGAUUUCUUUUCUCCCCAAAUGUGGAAUGGCAAGAAGUUUAAGGACAAGAGGAAGGUUCUCUGGAUAAGUGGUCGUUGUUCCAUUCAGAUGAGGAGUCUGAGUAGAAAGUAGCAAAAUAAUUUCCAAAAGUGUGGUAUGAAGUCUUCUAGGGGAGAUGUUUGAGACUUUGAUAUCUUUGUGGCUUCCUAUAUCUUUGAUCAUAACUAAUUAGAGAAACUUUUAUAGCUACAUGGAUUUUAUA